CAGCGGGACGGUUCGGAGCACUUCGGGACUUUGAGGGAUAUUUGUAUCUCUAAAAACUUAAAUUCAAAAUGGCGACGAAGACCAACAUUUGUGGCCAUCGAUAUAUUGUCAUUAUAUGGAGUCAUAAACGGAAAAAAACACACUUCUGACAUAUAGAAAUAAUUUUUCAAUGUCAAACGUAGGUUAGAGAUUUUUUUUAUUUUGGAUUUAGACGAUAGAUGUCAUGUGUCAGCGUGAAAUUCUCAUUUGUUCGAAAUUAUUGUUGCUUAUCCUAAAAUAUGCACGAGUAGUUUAUGCAGUAUUUGAUGUAUUUUUGUAGGUUUGUUUUAUCCAGCGAGAAUGUACAGUAUAAAACUAAAGUAUAAAUACAUUGGAGAUUGUACAGAUGUAUUUUUAACUUCGAAAUGGGCUAAUUUCUUGAUAUAGUCUGAAAUCCCAAUUGUCGGUCAUUUUGAAGGCCGGAACGGACACUUUCCCCUGCUCAAAUUUUGGGCAACCCUUCCAUUUCGUACUACCCACAUCCUAAUAAGUAUCUGUGCCAAGUUUCAGAAUGUGAUCACGAUUUGAACGAUUUUCACUCUUAGCAGCCCUACUAUUUAGUAAUUUAAGCGCAACGUAAGUAAACUGAAUAUUGUUAUAUAGCUAGUGCUGAAACUAAACGUGAUUGGCUGAUUCGUGGUCACGUGGCUUCAGAUAGAUGCAAAGUACUGUAUCCUCCCACCCCCAGGGCAUUAAGUGAAAAAUUUUUGCGCGCCCCGACCAGCUAUACGUACAUAAAUAGACAAAAUGGCGGCGCAACUCGCAAGUUUAUAAAUUGGGUUUUCCGAGUUUGUUUUAAAAUGAAGAAGAUAAAGGAGAAGAAAAAAUUCAGAACGGGCAAUAGGAUAUGCUGCUGAAACCGUUUAAGUAGCCUAGGUUCUUUUGAUUUUAAACUCCUUUACACAAUAGUGGAUAGAGUUUUGUCAUGAAAUACAAUUGUUGUUGAUUUUUCUUUCGUUGUUAUAUAACUAACAAAACACUUUAUGUCUGUUCCCUCUGGAAAUCGUUAAUUUUUUUGUUGUUUCCCCCACAAAUCUCAAUGUUUCCUCUCGACGUCUCUUUCAGCAAACAAACCAUUUCCCUCGGAAGUAGACAUGUUCUGAAGUGUAUUAGUUUUAUAUGGCUACUGAAGUAUGGCAUAUACGUCGAGGCAUUAUUUCGUAGGCAUUAUUUCGAGAAUCUUGUAUGGCAAGCUCGGCGAUUGAAAGGACGAGAGUUGAAUUCAAUUAUUGUACUUGACGAAUCCUGUGAAACAAUCUUUGAUAACUUUCCUGCACGGAAAGACCAUCAUGCAGUCGUGUAUUUUCAGUAUUCUUAUUACAUGCAGAUUCCAUUUAAUGUCUUCUCCCGAGGGAAAAACUGCCGAAAGAGAGCACAUUUUUUUAAUUCCAAUCUUUUUAGUUGUCUUCUUCACAGGUUGAAAUGUUGGGAGUAGGAGAGAUGGCCUAGCUCAAUCCCAUCAUAGUCAUAGUCAUAGUCUGUCAAGAUAACGAAACCAAGGCAUUUUUUAAGAAAUUACAACUACUGGGGCUAAGUCUCGAUGAGGGCCUUUCACCCACACAAUUAUGCGUGCAUAAAGGCCAUGCUGUGCUGACUUUUGUAAGAUGGAAUGUCAUCGAGAAUGUGAGAGGACAUGAGAAAGCAGGCAGAUGCAGCUUUUUCAACAAGGAUGACUUUUUACUAAUGAUCGAAAGGGCCCAGCUCAUCUGAAAAUAUCGCUUCACUACUAGGGCCAUCAAAGGGCCUACUGGGGGUAAUGCCCCAGUAGUUAUACAGGGUGUCCCAAAAAAAAACUAUUGAAAUCACUUAUUGUAAAAAUUGAAUGCUCUACCAAAAAGCUGAACGUACUGAUGCGUAAAAUAUUGACAAAGUGCAUGCAUUAAAAUUUAGUUAAGAACAUCUCAAGUAAUUUGCGCGAUUUUCUGCUCUUGGGAAUUUAAAACAGCUUCUUAAACAGUUGCUUUAUGCAUAACAUUUACUUAUGUCAAUUAUUUAUGCACUCGUGAGAACCACCAGAGCGCUAAGGCAUUCAAAUUCUAACAAUUAAAUUGUUAUUGGUGAUUUGAAUCGUUUUCGCUUUGUUUGGGACACCCUGUAUAGUUAAAAAAUGCCCUGCAAGAUAUGAUGGACUGAAACACCGGCAAACUUCAAAGCUACAAAAAAGGCCUUUGUUUGAUGUUGAACUGUACAUGUACCUCACCGUGCACAAAUGCUUUGUCUCAAAUAUUGUUCAUCGUGGUCACACGUGUCAUCUCACCUAUCCCUAUUCGACGGUUACUUAAUUACACGAAUUCAAAUACAAUGAGCUCAAACACUGCAUCAAAAAUAGGUUAACGACAAUGCAUUUCGAAAUGUUUGAAUAAUGCAAAUCAUUAUAAAUUUGAAAAUCAUGACGGACCUGCAUGUUGCUAUGGCUACAGUUUCACCACUCAGCAAAACUGUCCAACAAAUCUCCCAUUUAUAUUAUUUAACUGAAGUUUAAUUUAAAAUAAUAAUAAUAAUAAUAAUUAUAUUUAUCCAGGAUACCCACAUCACUUACGUGUUUUUCAGUGGGGUCCUGCAUCAGAAUUACAAUUAUUUACAAUAUUAAUUAUUGCCAAUAUUUAAAUUGUACAAAAACAUACAAAUAUAUACAUGCACGUUACAACGAUGAUAAAUAUACCAUUAAUUUAUAAUUCAUAAAAAUGUGAUUUAAUUUAGUCAGUAAGCAUGCAACGUGCCUCAAAAAUCUUUCCUGUUAAAUAUGCCCAACGAUUUCUUUGGCUUCCUGGGAAUGCAACUUUUGCUGAGGAAUGAAAAAAAUCAUUAAUAAUAAUAUCUUAGUCAAGGAACUCAAGGGUAACAACCUUGGAAACCAAUACUGUUUACCUCAUAAAUGCACACGAAUUUGCAUGGCUCUAAAUUUUAUAAAUUCGUACAACGGUCACGAAAUGCACAGUCUCACUUUAAAUCAUGGCACUCGUUUUUUAACCAUUGAAAAAGAGUUCGAGAAAAACCCAUUAUUUCGGCUGUUGAACAUGUUUCCGGCUUCCUGCGACAGAGUUGUGUUCAAUUAACCACGCCUUUUUUGUAUUAUGUUCAAUUAACCCGCCAAUCAGGUCUUUCUUGUAUUACCAUUCUAAUUUUAAAUUUGUAUGAAUUUGUUUAGAAUAACUGUGAUAUAUAAAGAUGGAGAAUAUGUUCCUUGGAAUAAUUCUCCUCAGCGCUCACGUUCUUACAGUUUCAAGUGCUCCUAUUUCUCCAUCACAGAUCAAUUGUGUAGAAGGAGAUCCACAACCGGGUUAGUUCAUAUAGAAAAUGUGAAGAGAAUACCAAACCACGGGAAACAAACCUUGACCUAUAAAUACUAUUUAUUUCCUUGACGUCGUAAGUCAGUUGUGGUGAUAAUUUCUCAAACCACAAAUUUCUGUUCACAUCCAGCACCACUACGCAUAUACCACCACUAUGCACACACACGUAUAUUAAAGUUUCAAUUAAUCUAAUUGGGAAUGGGAUAAAAUAUAAGCUCUACCUGGAACGAUCGCCUGUAUAUCCUAACCUUUUUCAUGACAAAUCCGUAUUUCAAGAUUAUCUAACUUCUUUUAACUAUAUUAAGCCUGGUAUCUAUCCAUAUGACGCCGACCAGCCGCCGACACAUUGUCGGUAAUAGAUACCUUACGAUGUGGGACAGCAACGUGACGACGACGGCUAUUCAUAUAAUGAGAUUCGUAAUUUUUAAGAAAAGAAAUGAAUAAUUAAUACACUAUAAAUUAUAGGAGUUUGAGACGUCAUGCAUCACCAUGGUCUGUUUAUAACGGGGAACUUCGGACUUUUACGUCUGUAGUACUAGCUCAGUACUACAGUGGAAUUUUCUCAACAAUAAAGCCACUAUUGCAAGCUAACCAAACAGUUUUAAAUUCAUACAUACAAAUAUUCUUUACAAUCGUUUGUUUGAAUGAUUUUAUUCUGGUCGUUGUCGUUGUGUUGCCGUCCUACAUCGUAAGGUCUCUAUUCAUUUAAGGAGAAAAUUAUUUCAGAUACACAAAGGAUUUUACUCAUGAGUAAUCACCGAAAACGGAUCAUGCCGGCUGUCGGCGUCAAAUGGAGACCAGGCUUUACAACAAGUCAGAAGUAUAUUCAAGUCUCAGUGCAGUAUGACGAAUCAAAAUAAUCCGCCAUUUUGGGUGGAAAAAACUCUCAUUCAACCGAGUACUACAGAGCAUUAUAACUAUUGACAAAGAGCUCAAACUGAAAGUGAGAGCCGCAGUCAGUACCACAGUUUUGCUUUGACGCUCAAAAUGGCAGAAGUCAACAAAUAAGUGUUAUAUACUGUACUUGUACUCAAUAUGCCAUAUAAAGAUAAUGGCAAAACAUGUUUACAAUUAAUAUAAAAUGGGAUUUAUAAGAAAAUUGUUCUUUGCUUCCAGGCCAACCUGAACCAGAUGUAAACAUAACUGUGUCAUCAACAACUAUACUCGAAUCGGGUAACCUUUCUAUCUACUGUAAUGCAAUCAACGUCAGCUCUCCUUUGCUACCAGUGAAGAUCACCAUCCAUGUCGGCCCAUUGCCAGUGGGAAUAUGCGACCCUGACGGUAUGACUCCAGUUUUCCAAUGUUUUUUUGAUCUUGAACCCUACUUCUCUCAUCUAUCACGGACAGUUAGCUGUACUGCAGAGGAUGAGCAGGGGAGAUGCCGUUUCAAGACUGCCAAUAUUACACUCUUGCAAGGUGGGUAAUAAUUUCAUAUAAUCACGAAUAAUUAACGAGUAAUUUGUAUGUCUGAUACAGAAUCAUGCUGGAGAUCAUGCUGAUUUGCAUAAACUUUAAGUUUAAUAUUUUAAUUCACUUUAUAUUGUUGAAGAAUACGAAUGUUCUCUGUGCUUGUGAUGUUACUCUGAGUGGGUCUACACUGGGCAAGGUGAAAAGUUUGCUUGACCGCAGUGCAUGGGAAUCGAAGCACAAACAUAUAUCCUCAUAUAAGACAUUUCACAAGCCAUUUACAACAUUCGCGUCCGUGUUGUAUCAGAUAUAUAUAAGCUCCCGCUUUCAUGCAGUUCGAGUUUGCAUAGCCGAUACUGACAAUACGGAGAGAAACUAAUGAAAAUCACUGCAACAAUACAGUGAAAGUUAGAAACCUAUACUACUGAAAAUAUAUUGUUUAUCAUAUGUAGAGACAUAAUGGCAUUGCGUCAGUGCUUAAUUUUAGUAUAAUCUUGGUAUCCGAUCAAAUUUUGAAAUCUGUUCUUGUUGAUAUUUCUUUCUUCAUACAGUAUUUUAAAAUUUGUUUCCCACGACCGAAGCCAGUGCAAUAUUGUUUCGAUAGCGUUUAUACAUUUCGUAUUCAUAAAUUCCACAGAAUGACGUCAUAAUUGUUUUCAUAUUAAUAUUAUAACGUCGUUCCGUUUAAAAUUUUGUCCGAACUCCAUAUCUUGUCAGUUGUUGAGUUGAUAAGACGACUUCACGGUUGGUUGACGACUUCACGGACCCUCGCAUGACUAAUACUGCAUGAUGUAUUAUAGUAUAAAUACAGCAGUGUCAAAUGAUAGAAGCUGUAAAGUUAGCGAGCAAUUUUAUUAUGGUAAUCUAUACUAUCGACUAUAAUUAAUAUAAUUUCUAGCAACAUCAACACCAGCAGAAAAUAUGACGACAACAUUGCCUACAACAUCAGGUAACUACUUGAAGAUUAAACGGCUUAUAAAAUAAAUCAAGUCUUCAGGAAAUCUUUCAGAUCGCGUAUAUAUCCCAGUCGUGAAGAACUGUUACAAUUGGUAGGGUCGUAGAGAUGUGCCUGGAUCCCCAUUUUCGGAAUGGCCAGUUUUUUCAAAAUCCCAUUUCCCAGCAUUUCUUGACCAAUGAAAACUUUUCAUCUGAAAACUUAUAACUGAAUAUGUGGUUGACAAGCUGUUUGUGCGAAAUAUUAUAAUUAUUGUAAAGGCUAAAAUCUUUAAAACUGAACCUGUCCAGAAGUAAUGGCUAAAUUUUUGCUUGCCUUCAGAAAAUUCGCAUAUACUUAUUUUCUUUCCACUAGAAUGAUAAAGAGCAUCCUCGCAUGACUAAUGCUACGGCAUGAUGUAUGUUGUUACCAUAGAAAUAUUAGACCUACAAUGCGUGCUUGGUCACGUGACCGGUAUCCAAAUUGAAAACAAAAAUGCCCUUAUAAAACCGCCAUGUUGAAUUUGAGUAUAGAGUGCAAACUACAAACUAUAAACAAAGCUAAAACUAUAAAGUUUUCAUUGUCAAAACGUUUUGAAUUUGUAGUUUGAGGAUAGGAUCAUAGGAAUUUGAAAUAUUAAGUUCUUUAAAGGCUCAAAGCAAAUGUACCGUUACAAAAACGGUGAAAAUCGUGCAGCCUUGUAAAAAACAAAGUAGUUUCGCGUAUAAAUUUUUGCAUGCUCUGAACGUAACUGUUUUGCUAAUAUUUUAUGAAAUUACGAAAUGAUAGUUCUUUCUUCGCCGGGUUUCGUUUUUCUUCAAUCUAAACGAAGUGUUUUCAUGUUUGUGAAACAAAAAUAUUUAGUUGCCUAAAUAAUCGUCGAAAACAUAUGGUUUCAAAAGCGUUGUCUCAAGCUCAAGCAACGUAUAAAAAAAUAUAAAAAGUAGUUGUGUAAGUUUAAAAAGAUUAUUGACCUCCAUUUAUAUUAUAAAACAGUUGAAAUAUAUUUUUUAAAACAUACCUAUUGAGUUUGAGUUUGUCUUAAUUUUUCGUGUUUUGUUUUGGCUUGCACAACAACGUUGAAAAUGUAUUUUCAAACGACGAUUUCUGUAUAUAUUCUGUUAAGAACCAUUCCCUUUCGUAAAAAAAAACAAGGGAAUGGGUUUUUCUACUUUAAAAACUUUUUUCUCACGAUAUAAUUGUUUUUUUGCGAACUUUGUUGAAAAAAAUUUCGCACUCCCGGCAAACGCGCGAAAUUCCUUGCCGCAGGAGUCUGGGACUAGCCAAAAUGCCCUUAUAAAUCCGCCAUUUUGUGGAGACAAAAUUUUUACUGAGAAAAGAUAGGAGCACGCAUUCUAUGUCUAUUAUUUCUAUGGUUGUUACUCGUUGCAAUAGUAUAAAACGCAGGAGUAUAAAAUGACAAAUUAACUACUGGUAUAUCCUAAUCUUACCUAUACCAACACCCAUAGCUAUUUUUUUGUGGUAGUUUACUAACCGUUUGCUUAAUAUCAUUUCUAGUUCCACCAACAUCAACAUCUCCACCCAUCCCACCAACACCAAUACCAACAGGUGAGUAUUUCAGGAAGAUUGACCGGUUGUAAAAUAAACUUGAACUCAUGCACCCAUGCAGUCGUGAAAUACUGUUACAAUUACGGGGUACUGCCGGAAGAGGGUAUAUAUAUAUAUAGAUCCCAUUUCCUAACUUUUAUUCUAAAUCACAUUUCCCUACCAUUUUUUGAACCCAAUCCUAGUUUCGAUUGUAAAAUUAAGAUAUUUCUUCUGAUCCUAUCUUUCUGAUAACAAUCGCUCCUAAUAUAUCUAUAAAUCUCAUCUUUCUUACACCACCAUCGGUCUGUUUGGUAUAUUUAACAGUUAUUCUACGAACUCGAGUCAAAUAUGAGCUGAUAGCCGAUGAGGCGCGUAGCGCCGAAUCGGCUAUCGCUCAUAUUCGACGAGAGUGAGUGGAAUAACUGUUUUAUUAUAUACACAAGGUCUGAAUUCACAGACUUUGCUUUUCGAAUAUUUUCAAUAUUUUUCUAUUUCGUUUAUGUUUUUAUCUUCGGAUUCUUCGCUCUUUCGGCCGAUUAUUUUCUCAAAAAUAUUUAUUUUUAACCAUUUUAAUUUUAAAAAAAUAUUUGCUAACCUGAAAAAAAAUUGUGGGAGUUUUUUCAUUUUGUUUUUAAUCCUGUGAAGGUUAUAAAAAGCGACAACUUGCCGUUUUCUCGUUUGCAAAACAUCGUAAAUUCAGUUUGGCCGCCAUUUUGUUUUUCUCUACUAGCAGGAUAUGAGCUAAUAUCCUGCUAGUAGAGAACCAAUCAGAUUGCAGAAUACCUCAUAUCCAGACCUUGUGUAUAUAAUAAUAAGUAUUUUCCUUCUAGCUACUACUUCUAUCAUUAUAUUAUUUUUCAAUAUCAGUACUUUCGCUAGUCAGCUAUAGUAAAUGGCUUUAUAUAAUAACUACAGUGAAACACGCAAUUUGAUUGGUCAAAAGUUGUGCAGGAUCAGGCUAUCCUGCACGAGGAAUUUAAAUGCCUUCGUGGGAUUCUCAAAAUGUCAUUGUUUCACUGUAACUAUUUUAUAAAACAAUUAUAUUUCGUGCAUCGAUCACGAAAUCCUGCACGGAAAACCAUUCGGUAUUCCUUUAAUCCUUUAUGCCUUAGAUGAUGGAAGCAGUACAACUCAAACACCAGGUAAUGUGUUCCUGCUGCGAUACAAAUAGCAAUCUGUGAUAUGGUGGAAAUUAUUUACUCUUUACUAUAAUAUAUCCUAAUCAGAAUUCAGCGAUCAAUUUCUUAAAAACUAUCGCUUUGAAUUUCAGUUGUGACGACAGAAACAGUUAUACCGCCAAUACCAACGACAACACCAACACCCACUAAAAAAGGUAAGUCGUAAGUCGACACCGAUAGACAGAAAAAAGCCCAGUGUAUUACUGGAUGAAGAAACUAAAUUUGCUCUUACACCUUACUAAUUGUAAUUCGAAAAUGUAUCCUACAUAGUUUUACUUUCUUUUCAUUCCCGUAUUUUCAAAAGACCGUGUUUCUGUUGCUACUUAGGUAUGUACAUUGACAAACACAUCACUUGGGAACAACAAAUCAAACACGUAAAGGCUAAAAUUUCAAAAAAUACUGGCAUCAUAAACAAAUUAAGAUAUUACCUUGAUUUAAAUACGCUUAAGCAACUCUACUAUACCUUAAUUUACCCUUUUAUAAACUAUGGACUAAUGAGCUGGGCCAAUACUUAUACUUCUCAUUUAACCAAGCUCCGCAUAGCUCUCAACAAAUGUAUUAGAAGCAUAUUUUUUUCUCACAAAAGAGAGGAUGCCACUCCUUACUAUAGCCUUUUGGGAAUCCUAAAAUUAGAUAAUGUCUUCAAGCUUAAAAUAGCUAAUUAAUGAACCAAGUAAUGUACCUAAUAUAUUUUCUACAUACGUAACGUCAGCUUCCGCGUCGCACACCUAUAAUACGAGGUUUUCUUCAAAAGAAAAUUUUAGCAGACCAAAAGUAAGAACUAAUUAUGGAAAAUUUACAUUUCAAUUCGCUUCAUCUAAAAUAUGGGAAUCAGUAGAUUACACAAUAAAAAAAUCUAGCUCGUCCUAUCUGUUUAAGAAACACUAUAAGCAAUCGCUCCUAUUAACUCAAAUGUAAUUAUAGAGUAUAUACAGUUGUGAAUUCGUUCUAGCGCCGCUCCUUUCUUAUUAGUAGCAAAUCGUAGACAGUGGACAACUCGAAAGCACUAUGCUACUUUGUCCACUGCGCACGACAUAAUGAAUUAUUAACUCCAAUUUAUAUCUACUACUCACGAUAACCGUAUUACUCUUCACUUUUGUAAAUAAUCUAUAUGACGUGCGCAACUUCAAUAAAAUUGUAAAUUGCUGCCACAUUUUCUCCUUUUACUAAUAGAUGAUGACAGCGAUGACGACAGCGAUGACGACAGCGAUGAUGACAGUGAUGAUGACAGCGAUGAUGACAGCGAUAGUGAUAGUGAUGAUGACAGUGAUAGUGAUAGUGAUGAUGACUAAGAACCUAUGAGAAAGCUUUUCUAUUUUUUAAUCCUGCAUGUCAUGCAUUCCAUUGUAGAUAUAUUUCGGCAUGGCGUCAAAGGCAGAAUGUUCACAGAGUAAUUGUGGAUCCUUCAAUCGUUGUUAUCAUCAUGAUAGAAUGUUAUUGGAAAUAAAUAAUAAAAAAUAAAUUAUGUACGUUCAUCUCGCAAUUACAGUAGUUGUCGAAUGAAUGAAUGAACGAACGAAUGAAU